GCAGCACCCCUAGGCAGGAGGUGGCUUUGGGAUUGAACAAACCCCAGCCCUCGGCAGGAGGUGGCUUUGGGAUUGAACAAACCCCAGCCCUCGGCAAGAGGCGGCUUUGGGGUUGGACAAACCCCAGCUCUCGGCAAGAGGUGGCUGUUGCCGCUUUGAGGCACUCCAAGGACAAUUUCUCUUUGUGAAGAAAUCGGGCACUGCUGUGAAAUUACAUCAGAUGUAGCCUUGCUUAUUUUUUCCUAUUGUUGUCAACACAACAUAUGCAAACUCUUUCGGGCUGCCAACUCUCAUCUCUUACAUCAAGGAAACUGAAUCAUCUACCUUGGCCUAAAAAAAAAUAACAGAGUUUGUCCAAAUAUAUUUUGAUAAUGUCCUUGAGAUUCCCGAAGACACAAAGAAGCAGGAACAGUACAUACAUUUUUUCUUUUGCUGUUUGAAAAGCCAUGCCAUCAGUGACCAUUUGUACUUAGGUGAAAUUGCAGCACUGGAUCCUAUCAACACAAUAAAUACACAAACAGAUGAUUGGGCACUGGACAACUGUUCAGGCCAAAAGCAGCAGAGAAUACUGACAAGUUUGACAGUGAGUGCUUCCCUUUGAGGAGAGUGCAGCAAUGUCUCCCUUCGAAAAUAAAGGACUAAUGCUGGGCAUAAUGGCAGGGACUGCUGGAUUAAGCCUGGUGCUGGUUUGUUACCGCAAGAUCCGAAAUGGUGCAGCUGUGCGUAUUCGUGCGUUGCAGAACAUAGGUAACAGAAUUAAUUCUGUGGGCUUGCCAAAUGAGGCUCCUAAUGAGCAUGGAGCAGUAAUGGUUUUACAUGGAAGGCAACUGCAGAUACUAGAAAAAUUGAAUGGCCUGCUACUAAGUGUGGACGAACUGAAGAGAGAGGUGGAAUGUCUGAAAGAAGCUAUUCCAAAACUUGAAGAGCUUGUUCGAAAUGAGCUUCAAGGAAAGGGUGAUGUUCAGAGAGUUAGCCCAUCGCACAGAGCAACAAGGCGGAGAAAAGCAGAGACAGCUUCUAGUGCAAGAGGAACUACCAGCUCUGAGGAGGCAGAAAGUGAAGGAGGUUACCUUACCGCUCAUACUGAUUCUGAAGGAGACUCCGAGGAAGAAAAGAGAUGUAUGAAAUCACCUGAUGCCAUGGUGGAAUCAGAAGAAGAUGAAGACUUACUUAAUUUUUUACAGCAGGUGGACAAUUUGCACAAGGGUUCAGAGGUUGAUAAAAAGGAGGGCUUCAGGCUGCUGCUUGAGAACGAUGACAAGUACAAAAACUGUGUGGACUUUCUUUGGAGGCUUGCACGUGCUUAUGGAGAUCUGUUUGAGAUGACUACUGAUGCUGAGGAGAAGAGGAAAUAUGUAAUUGAUGGAAAGAUUAAAGCUGAAAAAGCUAUUCAGCUGGAUGCUGGGAGUGCUGAGAGUCACCAGUGGUUUGCAAUUAUGUGUGGCUAUAUGUCUCAGUUUGAAAGUGUACAAAACAAAAUCAGGAAUGGUUAUCUCUUUAAGGAGCACCUAGACAAGGCAAUUGAACUUAAGCCUCAAGAUCCCUUUUUAUAUUACCUAAAUGGAAGAUGGUGCUAUUCAGUAGCUCAGUUGUCUUGGCUUGAAAAGAAUGUAGCUGCUGCUCUCUUUGGUACUCCACCAACUUCAACAGUAGAAGAAGCAUUGCAGAAUUUCCUUAAGGCAGAAGAAAUGCAUCCAGGAUAUUCCAAAUGCAAUUAUGUGUAUUUGGCAAAGUGCUAUAAAGAUCUUGGCCAGAAAAACAACGCACUGAAGUGCUGUGAUUCUGCACUGUCAAUUCUCUCAGUUACUAAUGAGGAUAAAGAGGCCCAGAAAGACUUAGAGGCUUUACUUCUUACGCUGAAGCUCUGAUACUACGUACUUUUAACUCUUCAUGCUGCAAUAAAAUUGUAAAAUUAAAAUGAGACUGGAAACUGCGGGUAAAUUUCAGCUAAGUCAGUGGAAAAACAGUCAUUGAUUUUGGUUGGCUUGGAUCAUGGCCUUUAAGUGUCUGGCGAUUAUGGUAUUAAAAUAAUACAUUCACUUUUGAUUAUUUAUAA